AUGGUGCGUUACAGUUGCAUUGUUUGUCUGUUUCUAGCAGCACUUGCCACUGCUGAGCAAGAAGAUCUAACCAGCAAUCUCACUGCGGAUUUGGGUACGGUACGGCUGAAGGAUAUUCAGCUGCAUUUAGUGCAAAUUCAUAAUAAACUGAACACACUUAGCUCCCAAAUGGUGACACUGAUGGAGCAAUCAUGCGAUCGUAAAACAGUGAUAUCCGAUUGCAGUGAAGUAAGUUCUGCAGAGUCCGGUAUUUUCCCGCUAAGACUGUGUACCGAGCCACCCUACAAUGUGUACUGCAACCAAUCGUUCGAAGGUGGUGGCUGGUUGGUGAUCUACAAUCGCCUCGAAGGACGUGAUGGCACAUUCAACCAAACGUGGGAAGCGUACAAACGUGGCUUCGGGCAUCCGGAUGGUGAACAUUUCAUCGGGCUCGAUCGGUUACACACCAUCACGUACGGUGCGUCGUACGAGAUCGCAUUUCUUCUGACGACGAAUGGUGAGGAACAGGUUGGCAUCUACGAUUACUUCGAGGUCGACAAUGAACGGGAUUACUAUCCGAUCAGAAAACUCGGUUCCCCCAGAGGCCCUAUGCGGCUUUUCCGUAACAACAACGAACUGCACAAGUUCCAAACGUACGAUAGAAACAAUUUGCAUUCACUUGCCCGCGCAACAAUGAUCGAGAAGGAGUGUGCCUUUUGGUUCGUGGAUAUGCCCCAUAGCCAUGAUAGUUAUGCGUUUACAGAGUUUUGCAUCAAUUUGCCUAGAUUGAAAAUUAUGAUUAGAAAGCGUCCAAGUACGGUUUAA